AGCGAAAUGAAUAAUAGGCUCAAGACAGUGAUUGAAAAAACACUUCCAAGUGAGCAUAUAAAGUAUUGUUGUGCAUACGGCUCUGGAGUGUUUACUCAGAAAGACAACAUCUCCAAUGAUAAAAAGCCUAUUGAGAAGAAAGUUAUAGAUCUGUUAAUAGCUGUUGACGAUACACAGGAGUUUCAUCUCAAAAAUAUGGCUUUGAACAAGAAACAUUAUAGCUGUAUCUCAAGAGUGAUGCCAAUUCAUGUCACUGAUUUAAUCAAUAGAGGGACAACCAAAGUUUAUUUCAAUCCUCUUGUGCCUUUUAGCGGAUGAGAUUUGGGCUAUCAGUACAAAUAUGGAAUUAUUCAUUAUAAAGAUUUUAUGAGAGAUUUAAAAUACUGGGAAACUUUCUAUAUGGCUCCAAGGCUACAGAAGCCUGUAUUGGAAGUCAUUCGUGAUGACACUGAUCAAGAAGAGAUCAAGCAAGUCCUAGAAAUAAACAAAAGAAAUGCACUUGCUUUAGCUAUCCUUCUCAUGCCAGCACCAGAUUUUACUCUCAUGGAUAUGUUUCUUGGGGUCACAAAGUUGAGCUAUAUGGGAGAUAUUAGAAUGAAAUUUAAAGCAGAGAACCCGAACAAAAUUUUGAAUAUUGUAGAGCCGAACUUUGAGCAUUUUCUCACUUAUUAUGAAAAGCACAUUCGAGAUUUUGAGAAAUUAGAACUUCUGAGAUAUCAGGGUGAAUCUGUAUUCACAACAAAUGCCAAAUCACCUCAUUGAAUAGCUCAGCUUCUCGAAUACAUUCCCAAAGAAUCUUAUAUCAAAUUAUGGAUCAAAGAUGGUUCAUCUGGGCUACACCACGAUGAUAUGAGACAUCAUUUAAAGACAAAUCUUGAAAUAGUCAAUGAGAAACAAUCAAAGAAGGCAGUUAGGAAAGCUCUUUAUACCACAAACCCUCUUAAAAGCUUGUUUUAUGCUUUAGAAAAGAGAAGGAAGGGGAAAACAUCAUAA